AAUCAGAGCGGACGUUAAACGAGGCUGCGGUCCAUCCAAGCAGAGCUAAAAUGGAAGGCUACGGGAAAAAUUUGUUGUCUAAAUUCACGCAAAUCUCUGCGUGUAUUUGUCUGAUUUUGCUGAUUUUAUCACCAACAACAUUAUGCAAAAAGAAGGACGAGGUUUUAGGGGAGAAAGUUAAGCAGCUCAUGGACUGGAGCAACAAGCGCGUGGUCAUUCGCAUGAAUGGGGACAAGUUUAGACAGUACGUCAAGUCCACACCUCGCAACUACUCCAUGAUCAUUAUGCUGACCGCCAUGCAGCCCCAGCGCAAGUGCACAGUGUGUCGGCAAGUGAACGAUGAGUUCCAGAUUCUUGCCAAUUCUUGGCGCUACUCUCAGUCCUACUCCAACAAGCUGUUCUUUGCCAGUGUGGACUACGAUGAAGGGCAGGACGUCUUCAAAUCGCUCAAGACAACCUCAGCACCCAGCAUCCUUCACUUUCCUCCAAAGGGAAAACCAAAGAAAGGUGACACGUACGACAUUCAGCGAGUUGGAUUUCAAAGUGAACAAAUGGCAAAAUGGGUAGGCGAGCGUACCGAUGUCCACAUCCGCAUAUUCCGACCUCCCAACUACUCUGGCACCAUUGCACUUGGCAUCCUGCUCAGCAUGAUUGCCGGCUUUCUAUACUUCCGACGGAACAACCUGGAAUUCCUGUAUAACAAGACCAUAUGGGGAGUUGGUGCACUGUGUGUGGUGUUUGCCAUGACAUCUGGUCAGAUGUGGAACCACAUCCGAGGCCCACCGUAUGCCCACAGAAACCCACAGACUGGACAAGUGAGCUAUAUUCACGGUAGCAGUCAAGGCCAGUUUGUUGCAGAGACACACAUCGUCAUCUUGCUUCAUGCUGCUGUGACUGUCGGUGUCAUUUUGCUGAAUAAGAACUCCAUCACAGAGGGCGACAUUAGAAAAAGGCGAGUUGUGACCGUUAUUGGCCUGGUGAUGGUGGUGUUUUUCUUCAGUCUACUACUGUCAGUAUUCAGGGCCAAGUAUAAAGGCUAUCCGUACAGCUUCUUAAUAAAGUAGACUGAUGAAGACGGCAGGUGCUUCAUUGAUACACUACACAACAGUACAGGUGCCUAAGGGAAGAAGAUGGAAGUAAACGUGGACUAUUAAUGAGCUGUAACUAAUGUGCCUAUGUCAGUGCAUGUGAUGCUGGAAUACAAAAAAGAAGUCAGAAUGUUGUGUUUUAAGAAUGCUAUUUCAACGGUCAAAAUGGUUUCCAUCAACAUUUUUUUAAUAAUGCAACGACUACAAUUUUUUGUUUCCUCUGUAAUAGAAAACUCUAGUUUCGACAUUAAAAAUCUUGGUUCAGACACAAGCACAUCAGGCGAUUGUAUUAUUUUUCAUUUCAUUGAAUUUAUAUAAUCUUCCCAAAUGAGUACAUAUAUAACCCACUCUGCAGAAAAGGGUAAUAAGUCGUGCAAAAAUGUGAUUUGGUGGUUUUUCCUUUAAUAUCUCUGGAACGCAGCGUACUACAGGGGUCAUUCACAUAUAAAGUUGUAGUUUUUGAUGGACACAAUCCAGCCGUAUCAAAAAUUCAUAACCUGAAUCUGGCGACUUAUUACCCACUUUUCUAGAGCUGGUCACAUAUACACACACGGUUCAAAUUAACUGUUGUCACCAUACCAGCCUUUACCAGGAAUAGACCUGAUUUUGUUACAAACUCUAUUUCCUGUGGUUGAUAAUCCAAGGAAUGCGUAUAUCAUAAAAAGUACACGUAUGUAAAAUUUGAUGCCGUUACCUGUAAUUGACACAGCUGCUGCCAAGUUUCAGACUACUGCUGGACUAAACAGAUAAUACCGUGGCUCACUCAAACAGUGCUCGAUGUGACAACAUUCUUUUUUACUUAAAACUACUUCUUGCAGCAUCCUGGACAAUGGACAUGCGCCCUCUUUUUAAACAUUAAUUGUGAAUUAUUUAUAGUUCACUUCUAGUUGUUUGUGUUUCAUCAUGUGACUUGGACUGAGUCUUUGUACAGAACCUCUUAAGAUUACCUGGUGUAGUACGUGUUGUGUGGAGUUAGUUGAAAUUAGUGAAUAUUAUUGUUACAUGAGUAACAGCUCUGAGAGAGGGCAAGUGGUACAAACAUGACAUUGUGGUCAUUUGGAAUUCAAAACACAUCCCCACUCACUAUUUCUUGUUCAUAUGGAAUUCUGGGGCAAAAAUUACAUGAAAAGUCACUGGUGAAGUUAUGCUUUCCUCUUGCCCAGAGUUGUUGAAAGAUAAAUGGUUGGUGCAAUGGAUGGUCCAUGAAUAAAGCACUGUGCCACACAACAAAAGUGAUAAGCUUGAAAUAAAUGUUUUUUUUUAA